AUGGUACGUCUGGAGUACGAUUGAAUGCUCGUCACCCUGGCCGCUUGCAACACUCGGUCGGGCGUCUGGAAGAGGAGGCACACGACCGCGCAGGCCUGGUCUGAGGGCUGCGAACAGGGUGGCGGCGCAUUGAAGAGGAUAUAUGGACAUGCGAAGAUGGAAUCCAGGCUAACAUGGGCAUGAUAGACUCUCGCAGUUGAUCUCCUCAACCCGACGCCUCAGGCUGAGGCCCGCAAGCACAAGCUGAAGGUACAUCUCGAAAAUAUCACCAAUUGUCCUAUCCGGGAUACUAAUUGCAGAACAGACCCUUGUCCCAGGCCCACGCUCCUUCUUCAUGGACGUCAAGUGCCCCGGCUGCUUCACCAUCACCACCGUCUUCUCGCACGCACAAACCGUCGUCGUCUGCGCCGGCUGCUCGCAGGUCCUCUGCCAGCCCACUGGAGGCAAGGCUCGUCUCACCGAGGGCUGCUCUUUCCGGAGAAAGUAA